UUACACGCACAAAACACUCUGUCUCUCUCUCACACUAUAAAACCCUCAUUUCCCGUUGCAGCAGCUCAAUUCCCCAAUCUCUUUAGCUUUAUUGUGAAUCCUCGCUGUUUUUGAAUCAUUCUCUACAACAUCAAAGCCAGAAACCAAAGGCUAUGGCCAGCACCGAACCCGAGCACGAGCACAGAGAAGAAGGGGAAGCCCCAGCCAACGACGACGAGGACACCGGAGCUCAGGUUGCUCCGAUCGUUAAGCUCGAGGAGAUCGCCGUCACCACCGGUGAGGAGGAUGAAACUUCCAUUCUCGAUCUCAAAGCUAAACUUUAUCGAUUCGAUAAAGAUGGGAACCAAUGGAAAGAGAGAGGCGCUGGUUCUGUCAGGUUUCUCAAGCACAAAGAGUCCGGCAAGGUUCGCCUCGUUAUGAGACAAUCUAAAACCCUUAAGAUCUGCGCCAACCAUCUCUUGCUACCGACGAUGACGGUGCAGGAACACGCCGGCAACGAGAAAUCGUGUGUGUGGCAUGCUACCGAUUUUGCCGAUGGUGAAUUGAAGGACGAGCUCUUCUGCAUUAGAUUUGCUUCCAUUGAGAAUAACAAAACCUUCAUGGAGACGUUUCAAGAAGUAGCUGAAUCUCAAAAGAACAAAGAGGAAAACAAAGAUGCAUCUGCAACUGCUGAGAUUCUUGAGAAGUUGAGUGUUGAAGAAAAGAAAAUUGAGGAAAAAGAAGAGGUGCCUGUUGGAUCAGAGAAGGAAACUAAGAGUGAUGCUGAAAAAACAGAGAAGAAAGAUGAGGAGCCUGCUUCUUCAGCUUAAAGAGGGUGUGUUUCUAAUAUGGAAUAUCCCUGGAAAUAUGAUGAGGUUGGUGGCUGGCUUUUCCACCCAUGUCCUUGUAUUUUUCGCAGCUGAAAUUCAUUGGAUUGUGUUCAAUGGGUUGGAUGGUGUGGGUCUAUGGUCGUUGGAGUCUUUUUCAACAUUUGGUCGAACUCCGGUUGUUCCUGUUCCUUAUUUGAGGGUUGUGUUUUUUUUGCGGUUUGGGUAUUGUCAGAGUUUAUCUAGGGUUUUUUUCUACACUAUUUAUUUACUUGGUGUAAGCUGCGGGUCAUUAUGCAUGAGGGGCUGCAAGAAAGAGUAUUUAGUUUUAUAAACACAGUUUUUGUUGGGAUAUAAAUUUCUUGAUUUGUGCACAGUCUGGAAUUGUUAUCUAUUUAAGUUAUGAAAACCAAAGGCUGCGUCUUAUUCUUAA